AUGUCGCAAUGGCACCACAAAUGUCUCAAUUUGGCAAAUACCCAUCGAGCCUUCUGUGUACGUUUCGACGCUUCAUCUGUGAUGUGUCCGCCAGCGCAUGAACCCCUCUCGCUGUCCACUCUCGGGCUCAACGUGAUCCGAGCCUCUAGGCAAGUAAAUCCAACGGCUCAUUUCAACGGUCAAAGAGUACCGGGUGGAUGUACUGAAGGUUCACGAAAUCAUUUGCUCAAAUCCUCCAUAUCCCCAUCCGGGCUGUCCACCGGUCCACUAGCUGGGGUAAUGAACGAGUCCGAUGAGAUGAAGCAAUCGUUCGAUUUGGCCUGCCUUGCAUGCGGCCUGAAAGCGCUCAGUGUGCUCUGUCCCUAUCGCAUGGCUCAUCUGUUCUGCUCACAUUUGCACACCUCGGCCAGUUUGAACACCGUAUUUCUGGUCGAGCUGCAUGGGAAAUUCGUCACUUCAUUGCACGAGUUGGAAGCGGCCAAUCAGGGUGCCAAAGCAGUUGAAGGAGUGAGCGAGCAAACCACCGGCACCAGAGAAGAUUUUGGUGUUUAUGCGGCACAGCUGGUCCCAGCAAGCCCGACCGAUUCGGGAGAAACGGAUGUGGUUAUGUCCCCUGCUUCAGAUACAACCAAUACAACCCCAACACCGACAACGAAUUUAUCGACUCAAACAGCAGCGACAACAACAACAACUCCAAUAGCCACCAGCAUUCUCGAACAACUGUUUGACAGUUCGUAG